UCGCUCGUCGGAGUCUCCUUUCAGAUCUUCUCCACGUAACUUUUCCAAAUAGCCAGCGGCAAUUACAGCGAAGCAUACGAAAUGCGAGAUGAAAAGCGGAAAGCAGUCUGCCUCAGUGAUGCCUCCUCCUUUCCUCUUCUUCUUCUCCCUUGUUUUUUUUCUUCUUCUUCUCCUUCUCUUCCAACAACUACUGUGGUCGUUGUUUACGCUUAUCCUUCUAUUUUUAACCAUUCGCUGUUGGAAUUCAGUUGAGGGUGUAGGAGUGCGAGGUGGAGCAGCGAGAUGUUGCGGAGAGCGGCGAGCAAUGCGUACUCCUGGUGGUGGGCAAGUCAUAUCCGCACCAAUCAGUCCAAAUGGCUCGAAAAUAUUCUCCGUGAGAUGGAUGACCGAGUUAAGUCAAUGCUCAAGAUUAUUGAAGAAGAUGCCGAUUCCUUUUCAAAAAAGGCAGAGCUGUACUUUAAGAAGAGACCAGAGCUCAUAAAGUUUGUGGAAGAGACUUACAGGGCAUAUAGAGCAUUAGCUGAAAGAUAUGAUCACAUUUCAGGGGAGUUGCACAAGGCCAACCACACCAUAGCUACUGCUUUUCCUGACCAGGUACAGUUUGACGUGCAAGAUGAGGAUGAUGAUCAUUUACCUAAAGCAAUUACAUCAAUAGACUUCAGUAAAUUAAAUAGGCUGGCAUUAGAUAUUUCUCAGGAUAACUUAAUAAAUAAUAAAAAAGGAAAUUCAUCCUUUGAUAAGCCUCAUCCUCCUUCCAAGAUAGACAGAGACAGAGUACCAGAAGAGAUUGACAGAAUUCAGAAGGAAAUUUUGGUUCUUCAGACUGAAAAGGAAUUUAUUAGAAGUUCUUAUGAAAAUGCAAUUGCCAGAUACCAGGAGAUUGAAAAGCAGAUAGUAUCAAUGCAGGAGGAGCUUAAUAUUCUGCAAGAUGAGUGUGGGGAAAGUGUGGUAAUUGAAGAUGACGAAGCCCGCACCCUGAUGGCAACAGCCGCACUAAGGUCCUGUGAGGAUACCUUACUUAUCUUGCAGGAAAAUCAGAAAAGGUCAGCAGAAUUCACCAGAAUUGGGUCAAGGAGAAUAAUGAUGGCUAAAGAGAAGCUAAAGUCUUUCAAGGAAGACUCAGAAGAGAACAAAACAAUCUUGGAAGAAAUUGAAGGCAUAAAUUCUGAUGGUGGUACUGAGGUGGAAGUUCCCCAACAGAAUCAAGUACCUGUUCAGAUUGGUCCUGAUAUGUCUCUGGUUGAACUUGCAGAGAAGAUUAAUGAACUUGUGAACAAAGUCAUCAGUUUAGAACUUACAACUUCUUCGCAGAAUGCACAAAUAGAGAGUCUAAGAACCGAAACUAAUCAACUUCAGAAACAUGUAGAGAGCUUAGAAGAGGAGAAAUUGACUUUGAUUGAGGCCUCAGGUAAUUCGAGUGACAGAUUAAAGCAAACUGAAGAGGAAAUUUAUAAAAUGCAGGAUAUUAAGAAGUCUUCCCAUGGUGCAAAUGUUAAUCCUUCCACAAGUUCAGAUGAUUCAUGUCUCGAUACCACUUAUAAUUUAGGGAAACCGCAGCAUCCCAAAAAUGAGGAGGCUAAUAUUGCAUUCAUCUCUCAAGAGAAAGAGAAUACUAUUAUCAAUGUGGAACCUCAAAAGCCUGAAGAUAAAGAAACCAAAGGAAGACAUGAUGGAAGGGAUGGUUCAGUUGCAGAUGAAGCUAAUGAAGUUGAAGUUAGAGUGGAUUAUGCCACCCAGCUAAGUAAAGAUGGGACUCAAUCUUUUCAGCAGGAAGAUUCUCUCAGCUCGCUACAGUCUUUGUUGAAUGGGGUAGAAGAUAAGGAAAAGAUAUUGUUGGUAGAGUACACAUCAAUCCUUCGCAACUAUAAGCAAAUAAAGAAAAGGCUUCUGGAGGUUGAGCAGAAAAAUCAAGAAUAUGUUUUACAGACAAAAACACAAUUAGUGGAGUUGAAAAAGGCUAAUGACAAAAAAGAUGAGGAACUUAGAUCAAUGCAGCAAAGGCUUAGCAAACAGCAGAAGAAACCAAAUGAAAAAGAGCUUGAAAACUCAAAUGAAGUGAAGAGCUCAAGCCUGAUACCUGAAAGUACAUCUUCCCAAAUUACAGUGAAAAAGGAUUUAGUAUAUGAAGCUACACAUACAUCACAAUCUGCUUCUCAUGUGGAGGAAAAUUUUCGAAGGGACAUUGAUGCACUGCUUGAUGAGAACUUGGAUUUCUGGUUAAGAUUCAGCUCUUUUUUCCAACAAUUACAGAAAUUCCAAUUGGAGUUCAACGAUCUGCAAACUUCAUCAGAUUCUGAACGUAUUGACAAACAACUGGGAGAAUUAAAAACCGAGUUGCAGGUAUGGUUGGAACAGAAUGACUUGCUGAAAGGAGAAUCCCAAACUAGAUUCAAAGCUCUUUGCAACAUUCAGGAGGAGAUAUCGGAAGCUCUUGCUUCAAGUUUGGAAUCUGAUGGAGUCCAGUUAUCUCCCUAUCAGGCGGCCAUAUUUCAAGGAGAGGUCUCAAACAUGCAACGUGAGAACAACAAGGUUGCCAUUGAAUUGCAAGCUGGUUUUGAUCAUGUUAAGGGGCUUCGAGCUGAAGUAGACAAGAUCUUGUCGGAGUUUCAUAAGAAAUUUGAACUUUCCAGUUCUCAGGGAAGCCGGCACCAUAGCAACAUCUUCAGGCAUUUUCCAUCAAAAACUCACAUUCCACUCCGAAACUUUCUGUUUGGCGUCAAGCCUAAGAAGAAACCAUCUAUAUUUCGAUGCGUGAAUCCAGCGUAUCAGAAGCAAUACAGCGACCUUUCUUCGGGAUUUCCUUAGCUUGGUUUGUGUAUGGAUGGUUCUUCUCUUUGUAGCUGUACAGCUCUAGAAAUUGCUUGGUGAGUAAUGGUAUUGUGAUUUAAAACAUAAUUUUUAAAAAAAAAUUCUUGGUCAUUUGAUCAGUGCUUUUUA